GGUCAAUAUGACUGCGUCCGAUGGAGGGCGCCUGCGUUUGUUGGAAUUUAGCGAGGUGAUGGGAGGGUUUUUAAUCAUAGUCAGACUGCGAAUAAAGUCUGCGGAAAUGCGGUGCGAUGAAACACUCGGACUCGCUGGAUGUAAGCUGCCGCCCACUGGGACAGUCAUCGUGUUAUGAAACACAUUCAGAACAUAAACUGAGAGGCCGACGCUGAAAGGGACCCUUAGAGGGGAAGCAAUGAGCUAUGAGCCAGACAGCUACACUGAAGCUUCCAUCUGCCCAGAGCUGAGCAGGACAGAUGCAGGGCAGCACCGCGGUAUGAUGGAGGUUCAGAUUACAGAGAACUGAAAGGAUUUUGUGGAUUUAGAGUACAGCAGAGGGGGACAAUUGAAGACAUUGAGAAGUAGACCAAGCACCAGUAAAGAUGGUGGGGAGGGGGCUGUGGAUUUUCAAAGUCCGGUGUGGGAAAUGGAAGUGUAGCACAACUUCCGUGCUCUGCUUGGCAGUACCAUGUGCUGCUCUGCUAGCCCUUUUGUUUGUUGAUGCUAUUGAGUCCUGGAGCAUGUCUCUGGCCAUGAGCACAGAUGGGGUCGAGCAGAGGGAAAAGGGUACUCACAGCAAUCAGCAAAACCCAGAGAAGUAUCCUCUGAUGCCCAGUCCACUUGUGUGUCAGCGUGCCAAACCAUACCUCCUCAUCAUGGUAACAACCGCUCCAGCCAAUCAGAAGGCCCGUCAGGCCAUCCGGAACACCUGGGGUGGCGAGACUGAGGUCAGAGGUCGGCGGGUCAUGACCCUGUUCAUGAUGGGCUUGACGUCUGAUCCUGGACUAUCCAAACAGCUUCAGGAGGAGGCACGAGAUCACCGAGACCUGGUACAGGGCUGCUUUCUGGAUACUUACGCUAACCUCACCCUGAAAACCCUGUCCAUGUUGGGCUGGACCCGCCGUUUCUGCCGACAGACACGCUUCAUUGCCAAAGUGGACGAUGAUGUCUUGUUUAACCCUGGUGUGCUCAUACGUUACCUCAAUAGGAGCUACACCAUGGAGGGCGACCUGUACCUGGGCCGCGUUCAUCUUCAGGUGUCUCCCAACCGCAAUGCGGCCAGCAAGCACUAUCUCCCUGCUGCUGCCUACGCCCCUGAGGUCUUCCCCGACUACUGCAGUGGUACAACUUACAUCCUUUCCCGCUCUGCCGUCCUCAAGAUCGUCCAGGCCACCCCUCCUGUUUCACCUCAUUUACCCCUGCCUCCUGAGGAUGUAUUUGUGGGCCUGUCUGCUCGUGCCGCCGGCAUUCUCCCCUCCCACAGCCCACUUUUCUCAGGGGGCCCUGGUCUCCCCUACAACCGCUGCUGCUACCAGGCCAUGGCAUCCGUGCACCGCAUCUCUCCCACGGGGAUGAUUCGCAUCUGGGGGGAAGUGCAUGCCCCUCCCCCUUGCUCAUGGUUGGGUCUGCGGGCAUCCUUGGGUCUGUGCAAAUUGCAAGCACUGCUGGGAACCAUGCUGGAGAAGGAAAAGGAUUUGUAGUGACCACAAUAGUGGAGACAGCAUCAAUAGACCUCUGCUGAGUACUAGUGGAGAUACAGUGAGAGACUUUAUGGGUAAAUAGAUCAACCAUAUGGUAAAUGAAGCUGAUAAAGCACAAACAUAAUACCAAAUAUUUAAUUACUCUGCUCUGAGAAAUGUAUUUUUAUAAAUAUGAAUUUUUAAAUGUAUUGAUGUAAUUCAAAUGUGCUUUGAAUUGAACAUUCUAUUGUGCCAUAAUUCUUUUAUUACCAUGUUUAUUGUUUCCUUUUAUUCUUAUUUUUUAUUACUUUUAUAUUCGUUUUUGGUAUUUUAAGUCUGUUCAAGCACUUUGGUCAACUGUGGUUGUUGUAAAUGUGCUAUAUAAAUGAACUUUGACUUGACUUGAUUUUGAAUUUCAGUGACAAAAUGCUCCACCUUCUUUAAAAAAGUGAAGGGUGCUGCAUAAUCAGCAUACACCUGCUGAUUCAGCGAUGUGCCAGGCGAAGGGGCAAAAGUCUAAAGCUAUAAAUCCAACAUGACUAAUAAACAAAUAUGGAACUA